GAAGGAGACGGCCGCCCUGCAGCCCGUGGGCCGGCGCGGGGAACCGGAGCGGCGGGUGACGGGCGCCGAGGAACGCCGAGGCCUCGGGCAGGGCCCGGCCCGCGGUUGCAGGUCUCUGGUGGGGCUGCAAACUAGGCAAGAUGAGGCGGUUCCUGAGAACCGGACACGACCCUGCCCGGGAAAGGCUAAAGCGGGAUCUGUUCCAGUUUAACAAGACGGUGGAGCAUGGCUUCCCACACCAGCCCAGUGCCCUCGGUUAUAGCCCUUCGCUGCACAUCCUGGCCAUUGGCACCCGCUCUGGAGCCAUCAAGCUAUACGGUGCCCCUGGGGUAGAGUUCAUGGGGCUUCACAAGGAGAACAAUGCUGUGAUGCAGAUCCACUUCCUGCCUGGUCAGUGUCAGCUGGUCACUCUGCUGGACGACAACAGCUUGCAUCUCUGGAGCCUGAAGGUCAAGGGUGGGGUGUCAGAGCUGCAGGAAGAAGAGAGCUUCACGUUACGUGGUGCCCCAGGGGCUGCCCCCAGCGCCACGCAGGUCACUGAGAUCCUACCUCACUCCUCCCGAGAACUGCUCUACCUGGGCACCGAGAGUGGCAGUGUAUUUGUGGUGCAGCUUCCGGGCUUCCGCACACUGGACGACAGGACCAUCAGCUCAGAGGCCGUGCUGCGAUGGCUGCCGGAGGAGGCCCGCCACCGGCGAGUGUUCGAGAUGGUGGAAGCUCUGCAGGAGCACCCUCGUGACCCCAACCAAAUCCUCAUCGGCUACAGCCGAGGCCUUGUUGUCAUCUGGGACCUUCAGGGCAGUCGUGUGCUUUACCAUUUCCUCAGCAGCCAGCAACUGGAGAAUGUCAGCUGGCAGAGGGAUGGCUGCCUGAUUGUCACCUGCCACUCCGACGGCAGCCACUGCCAGUGGCCCGUGUCCAGUGACAUCCAGAACCCAGAUCCUCUGCGCAGUUCCAUACCUUACGGUCCCUUUCCUUGCAAGGCUAUAACCAAAAUCUUCUGGCUUACCACCAGGCAAGGGUUACCCUUCACCAUCUUCCAGGGCGGUAUGCCACGUGCCAGUUACGGGGACCGCCACUGCAUCUCAGUGGUCCACAACGGGCAGCAGACAGCCUUCGACUUCACCUCCCGGGUCAUUGACUUCACUGUCCUCACAGAGGCCGACCCUACAGCUGCCUUUGAUGACCCGUACGCCCUGGUGGUGCUAGCGGAGGAGGAGCUGGUGGUGAUCGACCUGCAGACAGCGGGCUGGCCACCCGUGCAGCUGCCCUACCUAGCCUCCCUGCACUGUUCUGCUAUCACCUGCUCCCACCACGUCUCUAACAUCCCCCUGAAGCUAUGGGAGCGCGUCAUUGCUGCGGGCAGCCGCCAGAACUUGCCCUUCUCCACCAUGGAGUGGCCCAUCGAUGGUGGCACCAACCUGGCCCCGCCUCCACCCCAGAGGGACCUGCUGCUCACGGGGCAUGAGGAUGGCACAGUGCGGUUCUGGGAUGCCUCGGGUGUCUGCUUACGGCUGCUAUACAAACUCAGCACCGUGAGAGUGUUCCUCACAGACACAGACCUCAACGAGAACCUCAGUACCCAGGGUGAGGAGGAGUGGCCCCCACUCCGCAAGGUGGGCUCUUUUGAUCCCUACAGUGAUGAUCCUCGGCUGGGCAUCCAGAAGAUUUUCCUCUGUAAAUACAGUGGCUACCUGGCUGUGGCGGGCACGGCAGGGCAGGUGCUGGUGCUGGAGCUGAAUGAUGAGGCGGCAGAGCAUGCUGUGGAGCAGGUGGAGGCUGACCUGCUGCAGGACCAGGAGGGUUACCGCUGGAAGGGGCACGAGCGCCUGGCCGCCCGCCCAGGGCCCGUGAGCUUUGAGCCAGGCUUCCAGCCCUUUGUACUGGUACAGUGCCAGCCCCCAGCUGUGGUCACCUCCUUGGCUCUGCACUCGGAGUGGCGGCUUGUAGCCUUCGGCACCAGUCAUGGCUUCGGCCUCUUUGAUCAUCAGCGGCGGCGGCAGGUCUUUGUCAAGUGCACACUGCACCCCAGUGACCAGCUGGCCUUGGAGGGCCCCCUGUCUCGAGUAAAGUCCCUCAAGAAGUCUCUACGUCAAUCCUUCCGUCGAAUGCGCCGCAGCAGAGUAUCUGGCCAUAAACGGCGGCCGGGUGGCUACACAGGAGAGGUGAGGCCCAAGGCUCAGAGCAGCCAUCUACAGGACCCCAGCUCUCUCCCCGGGCUCUAAGCACAGGAUCUGAAUCCAGAGCAAUCCCAGCCCAACUUCCUGCAGGCGCAGGCUGUGAGCACCAAGGCGGAACGGACAGGCCUGCAGAACAUGGAGUUGGCCCCGGUGCAGCGCAAGAUCGAGGCCCGCUCUGCAGAGGACUCUUUCACUGGCUUCGUCCGGACCCUCUACUUUGCUGAUACCUACGUGAGGGACAGCUCCCGCCACUGCCCUUCACUGUGGGCUGGCACCAAUGGAGGUACCAUCUAUGCCUUUUCCCUGCGUGUGCCUCCUGCAGAGCGAAGAAUGGAUGAGCCAGUCCGGGCUGAGCAGGCCAAGGAGAUCCAGCUGAUGCAUCGUGCGCCUGUGGUGGGCAUCCUGGUGCUUGACGGACACAGUGUGCCCCUUCCCGAGCCCCUGGAAGUGGCCCAUGACCUGUCCAAGAGCCCGGACAUGCAAGGCAGCCACCAGUUGCUUGUGGUGUCAGAGGAACAGUUCAAGGUAUUCACACUGCCCAAGGUGAGUGCCAAGAUGAAGCUGAAGCUGACGGCCCUGGAGGGCUCACGGGUACGAAGAGUGGGUGUGGCUCACUUUGGCAGCUGCAGGGCUGAGGACUACGGGGAGCACCACCUGGCGGUGCUCACCAACUCGGGCGACAUCCAGGUGGUCUCCAUGCCCCUGCUCAAGCCUCAGGCGCGAUACAGCUGCAUCCGAAAGGAGGACGUCAGUGGAAUUGCCUCCUGUGUCUUCACCAAAUAUGGCCAAGGUUUCUACCUGAUAUCACCCUCAGAGUUUGAGCGCUUUUCUCUCUCCACCAAGUGGCUGGUUGAGCCCCGGUGUUUGGUGGAUUCAACCAACACCAAGAACCACAGCCGCCCGAGUAACGGCAACAGCACGGGCCCCAAAAGGACCUCGGGCCAAGUCAGGAACUCAAGAAGCCAAAGUGAUGGGGAAGAGAAGAAGCCUGGCCCCGUGAUGGAGCACGCUCUGCUCAGUGACGAGUGGGUCCUAAACGAAAUCCAGAGCACGCUGGAAGGGGACCGGGGGAGCUAUAGCAAUUGGCGUUCUCAGCGCAUGGCUGUGGGACGCAGCCUCAGCAAUGGGGAAGCAGAGUGAACGGGACAGCAUCCAGGCUGUAAGAUGAACACACACUACUGAGGGCCUUUCCAGCCCGAGCCCGGCCAGGGUCUGCCCUGGUCACCACCCUGUUGCUGCUCCUGACCUCAGGAGAGGAGAGCCCCCACCCCAGGCGGCCCCUCCUGGGCCCUGUCUGUCUUGUUCUUUUGUCAAUGUUGCACAGUUUUUAUUCUCCACCCCCCCUUUUGUAGUGGGUUGGGUUUUAAAUUAUAAAUUUUAACUGCCUCUGAGUAAAACAGAAUUUUUAAUAAACACCUUGUUAUGUCUUCACUGGAA